GUAGCUCCGUGCGUAGGCGGCGUCCGCAGCUCGGGCGUCAGUUACAGCCUCGGAAGCACCGAGCCGGGAUAUUAAGUAUUCUUCAAGGAGAGUGGGGCUUUUUAAGUUGAAUGCUUUUUUAAACAGAAGUAUAAUCAUUGUAUAUAUUUUUUUAAAUUUGGACUACUGCUCAGCCGCUUGCCUGAACCAAUCGAAAUGAUCAAGAACGGUCACCACGCAGCACAUGAGCCGGGGUGUGAAGCCGCUGCCAAGCCGGGAGAUUCGGUCCGUAGUCCGGAGAAAAGGAAGCGUGUCGUGCGGCUGUGGUGUGACGGCUGUUAUGACAUGGUGCACUAUGGCCACUCCAACCAGCUACGGCAGGCAAAGGCAAUGGGAGAUUACCUCAUUGUUGGAGUGCAUACAGAUGCUGAGAUUUCCAAGCACAAAGGUCCUCCAGUCUUCACCCAGGAAGAGCGCUACAAGAUGGUGCGAGCCAUCAAGUGGGUGGAUGAAAUAGUAGAGGGAGCGCCUUACGUCACCACCCUGGAGACACUGGACAAAUACAAUUGUGACUUCUGUGUGCACGGAGAUGACAUUACACUGACGGUGGAUGGCAAGGACACAUAUGAAGAGGUGAAACGUGAGGGUCGUUACCGCGAGUGUAAACGCACACAGGGCGUCUCUACCACUGACUUGGUGGGACGCAUGCUGCUCAUGACCAAAGCCCAUCACAGCAACAUGGAUAACCCAGACUACCAGCAGCACACAGACAACUUUGGCAAGGGUCCUAAAGGACACAGUCCUUGGACAGGAGUGUCUCAGUUCCUCCAGACAUCCCAAAAGAUCAUCCAGUUUGCCUCAGGAAAGGAGCCCCAGCCGGGCGACAGCAUCAUCUAUGUAGCUGGGGCCUUUGACCUCUUCCACAUCGGCCAUGUCGAUUUCCUAGAGAUGGUCUAUAAGCAAGCAGAGAGGCCGUACGUCAUCGUAGGUCUGCACUUUGACCAGGAGGUCAAUCGUUACAAGGGGAAGAACUACCCAAUCAUGAACAUCCACGAGAGAACGCUGAGUGUCCUGGCUUGUAGGUAUGUUUCAGAGGUGGUGAUAGGAGCACCAUAUGCAGUGGGAAAAGACCUGCUGGAUCAUUUUAAGGUCGACCUGGUGUGUCAUGGCAAGACAGAGGUGUUCCCAGACAAGGAUGGAUCAGACCCCUACGCUGAGCCAAAGAAGAGGGGGAUAUUCAGGACUGUAGAUAGUGGGAACGGUCUCACCACUGAUGACAUCGUCCAGAGGAUCAUUGCGAACAGGCUGCAGUUUGAGGCCAGAAACCAGAAGAAGGAGGCAAAGGAAAUGGCAGUGAUUGAGGCCAUGAGGAAGAGGGAGGAGGAGCAGAAUGAAGCUGCAGCCCAGGUUACUCAGUAGCGCAACUUCAAAUCUGGGCCAAAACUGGUUCUCUCUGGCUCGUGUGUCUGAUAUCCUGGUCGUCCCACGCUGGGCCAGACUGGUCGUCAUUGACCAGAUGCCCCACCUGGUCCAGUCUCAUCCCGUCCAGUGGGUCCAGAAUCCGGUGUUGAUUAUAAUUAGGGAACAAAUGUCCCAUAUGAUGCUGGGUUACAUUCUCUCAGCCCGUCUAUACAGACAACGCCCAACAUCAACGGGAUCAGAAUAGAUUUGUCUUCACAAAAACUAAAGAAUUCAAAUACUUGAGACACACUAUGAUUUAACCUGCACAUCUCUUUAUACAUACCUAUGUCCACUGAGAAAUUAACUUUUUUUUUUAGUUCCAUUACUGUUCCUAUAUAGAUGUAGUUGCGUUUUGUUGUUUAUAAGCAUCCAUAACUUAUUGACAGUGUUUUUAUGUAAUUGUCAGUUAUGUUUUCAGAUUUUAAACCAAAAUGAGUUUUUAAUGAAUCAAUGUUAGAUGUUUCUUUGACAGGGCUGAAGGUCAUCUACUUUUAACACACGCAAUAAUUCUAGAUUUAUUUUAAAUUUUAGAAGGGAUGUCUGUUUCUUCUUUUGUCCAAAAAACAAAACAAAACACUGAUGUACUAAGUUAAAUGAGCUGUGACGUGUAGUCUAAUCUAAAAAUAUGGAUUCUAAUUUGAAUUUUCAACAUGUGAGAUAUUGGGUGAAUGAGUGAGCGUGAGUGUGUGAGUGUUUUUUUUGCAAUGUAAAUAAUAAUAGUGCCUCAUAUCUUCAGGUAAAACUAAUAUAAGGGCUGUGAAUCUUUGAUUGUCUCAAAUAUUAGCGCUUCUCUGCCACUGUUGCAAUAUAAAUCUUCAAACUAGUCCUUCCAUCUUCACUCCUCUUUUACGAACUGUACUUUGAGAAGUGAAAUCCUCUCUCUCCCUCUCCCUGGGAAUAUUUCAGAUAAUCUUAGGAGUUAAAGAGUUGGAAACCAUUAUGAGUGUCAGCCUGCUUCUGCAAGUUUUUAUACUGUGUAAAGAUUGAAAGCUACUGUCUGGUGUUUGUAAUGAGUUAAAUUUGGAGAUGAAUUUUUACUGGUGCUUGGUGGUGCUGCUUUUCACGGUGUCUGUGGGUCUGGUGGAAACCUGAGACAAUGAGAGAGUGAGAAAUUAAUACAUUGUGGGAAUUUUCACAGACUCUGUUACUAUAUUGCAAUCUGUAAAUUUCCCAUAAUAAAUAAACAUCGAUAAUAUGGUAA